AUGGACCCGCCGCGCCCCGUGUGGUUAGACUGUGAUCCAGGCCACGAUGACGCAAUGGCCAUCAUUCUUGCCGCCCACACCCCGUCGCUGCACCUGCUCGGCAUCAGCACUGUUCACGGCAACCAAUCAGUGCAGAAGGUGACAAUCAAUGCGAGGCGGGUGCUGCUGAUGUGCGCGCGACCCGACAUUCCCGUGUUCUGCGGGCAGGCGUCCCCCUUAAUGCGCGCCAGGCAGCACUGCGCUGAGAUUCACGGGGAGUCGGGGCUGGAUGGGCCUGACUGGGGGGAGGGGGAGGCGCAGGGGGAGGGGGAACAGGGGAAGGGAAAAGGGGGUGAUGGGGGAGGAGCAGGGAGGAGGGAGGACAGGGAGGAGAGCGGUGGGAGUGGGGAGAGAGGCGAGAGGGAGGAAACUCCACUAUGGGGGACGGCAGAAGAGGAGGCAGAGGAGGUGGCGGAGAUAGAGAGGGAGACGGGUGGGGGAGGAGCGGAGGGGCGCAGAGAAGGGGAGGGAGGGAGGGGAGAGGGGGGAGAGGGAGUGGGGGAGGAGGGGGAUGUGCCGACAGUAACCCAUAUGUUCCGCCACAUUCGACGCGGUUUCUUAGAGAGGCAAGCUGCAAUAAAGGAGCGAAAGAAGAGAGCAGGGCAAAGUGAUUUGAACGAAGAACAAGGGGGAGGGAAGGAGAAGUGGGCUGGUGCAGCAGGGAAUGGGAGUGCGGCAGUGGGAGAAGGGGCGGGCAGCCUCACCAACGCUGCUCUGCUGCUCACAGUGCACCCCCAGGUCAAGAGCACGAUCGAGGCAGGCAGUCUCACCAACGCUGCUCUGCUGCUCACAGUGCAUCCCCAAGUCAAGAGCAUGAUCGAGGCAGGCAGUCUCACCAACGCUUCUCUGCUGCUCACAGUGCAUCCCCAAGUCAAGAGCAUGAUCGAGGCAGGCAGUCUCACCAACGCUUCUCUGCUGCUCACAGUGCAUCCCCAAGUCAAGAGCAUGAUUGAGUGCGAUCCUGAGGCAGCCUCCAUUGUGUUCAACAGCGGCUGCCCACUCACAAUGGUUCCCUUGGAGGUCAAUCACACAGCCCUGCUCUACCCAUCAGUUGCUGCUCGCAUCUCCACCUGUCCUCCUCACUGCGCCGUAUGCGCCCCCUCAUCCACUCAUCCCGCCGUCCUCCCCACUCCCUCAACUACCCCAUCCGCCUCCACUGCCGGUGCCACCCAAAGCACUGAUGCUGCUGCUACGGCUGUAGCCGCUACAACUGCCGACGCCAGCCUAACAGUUCCCGCUGCCAGUGCUGGCGGAUGCCUUGGUUGCUACAGGGGGAAAAAGCUGCGGCAAACAGUCUCAGCGUUGAUGCAUUUCUUUGCCCGCACGUACCUCGAGGUCUUUGGCUUCCACCACCCUCCACUACAUGACCCCUGUGCUCUCGCCUUCGUCAUCGCCCCGUCUCUCUUCAACACGGAGCACCUCCGAGUGGACAUCGAGACCAAGACAGCUGUUCUGUUCAAGGUGCGGGAUGAGAAGUAUCUUUUGGACGUGCAGCACGUGGACGGCUCUCACAUGCUCUUCCCCGACCUCAGUGCCGAUUUCCUCGCCGAGCUGCACGUCAUUUGA